AUGGCGAGUCCGAGUUCUCAAUCGGACAGAGUGAUUCUGAAGACUCCAGCAACUGUAAAAUUGACAUCCCCAAAAUCUGGUUCCCAACUUUUGAAAACCCCUUUAAGCGAUGAAGUCAUAUGGAAAAAACUGAAAGAAGCGGGCUUCGAUGAAGAGUCCAUCAAACGCAGAGACAAGGCCGCUCUCAUCGCCUAUAUUGCUAAACUCGAAGCCGAGUUAUAUGAACAUCAGCAUCGCAUGGGCCUUAUCAUUCUGGAAAGAAAGGAGUGGGUAUCCAAUUAUGAACAAGCUAAAACUGCUGCUGAAUCUGCUGAAUUGAAGCUUAAGCACGAACAGGCUGCUCAUGCAUCUGAUUUGGCAAAUGCCAGGAAGCGGGAAGAUAGUCUGAAAAAGGCUGUUGGAAUUGAGAAAGAAUGUGUUAAAAAUAUUGAGAAGUCGUUGCAUGAGAUGCGUGCAGAAUUGGCCGAGGCAAAGUUUGCAGCAGAGACUAAACUGACAGAGGCUCAAACUAUGGUGGAGAAUGCUCAGAAGAAGUUCAUGGAGGCAGAGGAAAAACUUCAUUCAGCGGAAUCUUUGGACGCGGAAGGUAGCUGGUUCCACCGAACUACAGAAAGAAGGUUGCGAGAAGUUGAAGAUCGGGAAGAUGAUCUAAGGAGGCGGAUGAUGUCAUUCAAAUUUGAAUGUGAUGAUAAAGAGAGAGAGAUCCAGCUUGAGAGGCAAUCACUGACUGAAAGGCAAAAAAUGCUGCAACAAUCAGAAGAAAGAUUAUUUGAUGGACAAGCUUUGCUAAAUCAGAGGGAAGAACGUAUUUUUAAUAGAUCUCAGGAGUUAAAGAGGUUUGAGAAAGAGUUGGACGAUACAAAGUUGAGCUUAGAGAAAGAGAAAGAAGCCCUUAAUGAGAAAAACCAAUCUCUUAAUCUAACAGCAAUGUCUGUGUCAGCAAGAGAGGAGGCUGCCAUCAAAAAAGAAUGUGACCUUCUCAAGAAAGAAGAAGAGCUACUCAUUUCACAAGAAAAACUGGCUAGUAAAAAAUCUGAUAAUAUUCAUCAAGCAAUGGAAAAUCAAGAAGCUACAUUGACAAUGAGGAAGUCUUCAUUUGAGGUGGAGUUGGAAGCGAGGCAUAAAUUGGUGGAAGAAGAACUCGAUGCCAAGAGGCGGGCUUGGGAGUUGAGAGAACUAGAUAUCAAGCAGCGGGAGGAUUGCAUUAUGGAGAGAGAACGGGAUUUGGAAUUCGAGUCAAGACAUUUUCUAGAAAGGGAAAAGGAGCUGGAAGAGAGGUUUUCCUCAGUUGAGGAGAAAGAGAAGAGGCUUUUAGCAGCUGAGGAAGAGGGGGAAUUGAAGAGGAAACUUUUGCAGCAAGAGAAAGAAGAUGUAACUAGGAUAAAGCUUGACCUUCAAAAAUCUUUGGAUUUGUUGGAGGAAAAGAGAAGACACAUUAAUGACACAGAAGAGAAAGUGGAGGCAAUGAAGAAUGAAACAAAUGAGCUAAUGGAUCUUGAGUUGAGACUUAAGCAAGAGAUUGAUAUGAUCAGUGCGCAGAAACGGGAAAUUGAGGCUGAGGCAGAUCAGCUGAAAGCGGAGAAGGCAAAGUUUGAAACAGAGUGGGAGAUGAUUGAUGAGAAAAGAGAAGAGUUACGAAAAGAAGCAGAGCGUAUUGCAGAGGAGAAGUUAACCGUUUUUAAGUUUCUGAAGGAUGAGCGUGAUAGCUUGAAAGCGGAGAAGGAUUCAUUCAGAGACAAGUAUAAACAGGAUCUUGAGUCACUUUCCCGUGAUCGAGAAGCAUUCAUGAGUGAACUUGAGCGUGAACGUACAGAGUGGUUCACCAAGAUUCAGAAAGAACGUACAGAUUUUUUGCUUGACAUAGAGAUGAAGAAAAAGGAGCUGGAGAACUGCAUUGAUAAGAGACGUGAAGAAAUUGAGAAUGACCUCAAAGAAAGAGAGAAGGCAUUCGAGGUAGACAGAAAGAAAGAACUUCAGCAUAUUACUUCUUUAAGGGAAUCAGUGGGAGAGGAAUUGGAACAUGUUAACUCUGAAAUGAGAAGACUUGAUGCUGAGAGAAGAGAGAUAAAUUUGGAUCGCGAAAGGAGAGACCAGGAAUGGGCAGAGCUUAAUAAUUCAAUAGAAGAACUUAAGGUGCAGAGGGAGAAAUUAGAAAAACAACGGGAAUUACUGCGUGCUGAUCGAGAGGAGAUUCUCAUUCAGAUCGAGAACUUGAAGAAAUUGGAGGAUUUAAAAAAUGAAUUAGAUCGUAUAAUUGCACAUGAAAUGCAACAAUCUCAUCUGCAAUCAAAUGGACCAAAGCAAACACAAAAGAGAAUUUUCAGGCUGCAGAACGAAGUUGUUUUAGGUGAAAAUGGAAAUGUUAACAAUGGGGUUGGGCAUGAGGUUCAUCGUACAACAGAGUCACAUCAGUCAUCUUCACCUCUCUCUGCUCCUCUUUCGUGGCUCAAAAGGUGUGCUGAUACACUGCUCGAGCAAAGACAGAGUAAUAAAAAGAGGAGGCAUGAAAAAGAUGCAAUAACACAACCUGGACUGGAAAAGACCACCCCAUGUUGGCCAGAGAAUUCAGAAGCAUCCAAGAUUGAGCACUCUGUAAUGUCUUUUAAUCAAACUCCCGUCAGCGCUGAGGAGCCCACUGUGUAUAUUGAUAAAAUCAUCAGAAUUCGAGAAUUAACUACAGUUGACGUUGAGAGAGUUGCUGUUGGCAAUGAGGAAACUACAUCCCAAGAUUGA